UCCUAGCCGCGCGGCUGUCCCUAUCCGGCCGUGCUCCCCAGCUGUCUCUGCUGUCCCGCCGUGCACCCGCCGCUGUCUCCCCGUGUGUCCCAGCUGUCUCCAAGAGGUCCUCCUCCGGUUGUCGCCUGCCAGCGGCUUGGGAGUCGGAGAGGUACCAGGGCAGGCGCUGUCCAGCCCGAGCCGGAGCACAGCUGUGAGGGUCGAGGCGCGGGGACGUCCUGGCGGCCACCAUGGUGGCCACGUGCCUGCAGGUGGUGGGCUUCGUCACGAGCUUCGUGGGCUGGAUUGGCAUCAUCGUGACCACGUCCACCAAUGACUGGGUGGUGACCUGCGGCUACACCAUCCCCACAUGUCGCAAGAUGGACGAGCUGGGCUCCAAGGGGCUGUGGGCUGACUGCGUCAUGGCCACCGGGCUGUACCACUGCAAGCCCCUGGUGGACAUCCUCAUUCUGCCGGGCUACGUGCAGGCAUGCCGAGCCCUGAUGAUUGCCGCCUCGGUGCUCGGGCUGCCGGCCAUUCUGCUGCUGCUGACGGUCCUGCCCUGCAUCCGGAUGGGCCAUGAGCCCGGUGUGGCCAAGUACAGGCGAGCCCAGCUGGCUGGUGUCCUACUCAUCCUGCUGGCUCUCUGCGCCAUCGUGGCCACCAUCUGGUUCCCCGUGUGCGCGCACCGCGAGACCACCAUCGUGAGCUUCGGCUACUCCCUGUACGCGGGCUGGAUCGGCGCGGUACUGUGCCUGGUGGGCGGCUGCGUAAUCGUCUGCUGCGCCGGAGACGCCCAGUCGUUCGGAGAAAACCGCUUCUACUAUUCCUCGGGCUCCAGCUCCCCGACUCACGCCAAGAGCGCGCACGUGUAAGAGGCGCCGGCCGGGAGGCGCUGCAGGUGCGGCCAGGGCUGGGCCGCAGCCACCGCGGCGAGAAGCCCGCUCCUCUGCCGGGCUCCGAAGCCAAAGGUCUAGAAAAGCGUCCUGGCGGGCGUUUGUAGUCGUAGCCCCUCCCCCGUCUCUAGCUCCAUAAUGCCUCACUUGCUUCUCAUGGCAUUGCCCACUAUUAGCUUUUUUUCUGGGCAUUCCUUUGUUGUUUAUUAAAAAUACAUGUGUAUAUAUUUUGUUUCUCUCUGAAUCUUAAUGCCUUGCAGACAUUGCUGGGUUGGGUGGGGGUGGGGCAGAGAAAUAAAGACACUUUUGACACUGUCACGGAUGACAGCGACCCUCUGUCUCCCCCUCUGCAGUUCCAAGGUCAUUUACCUACAAGUGAUAAGAACCCAGAAUUGGGGACACAGG